AUGGGGACAUCAUCUAUACAAUUGAGUUUAUUUUCUACCUCCUCAACACCAUCCAUCUUUCAUCCAAACCUGAAAAUCAACUCAACAGGCCCCUGGCUGAACAGCAGCAUUAGGCCACCAAUCAAAUUUGCAGGUUUGGGGAUGUCCUGCUUCACUAUGACUUUUGGUGCCAUCUCAAACCUGACAGCUCUGGGCAUCCUGGCAAAAUCCCGCCUCCGAUUUCGCCGCCAAUCCAAAGCACCAUUUCUGUUAUUAACAGUAGCUCUGCUUUUAGCUGACCUCGGAGGUCAUGUGAUACCAGGGGCCUUUGCUUUGUAUCUGCACAUGAGCCAGAGGUACACAAUGCAGGCAGGGAAGCCCACUAAGGAAUUUUGUCAGAUCUUUGGUGCAACUAUGGUGUUUUUUGGCUUAUGCCCCUUACUGUUAGGAUGUGCUAUGGCAGUGGAGCGCUGUGUGGCCAUCACCCAGCCUUUUUUUCAUGCUGCUGUGGUCACAUUGGCUCACAUGGUGAGGGUUGUGUUUUUGCUGCCCUCUCUUGCUCUUUUCUUAGCAGUCUUACCUCUAUUUGCUGUGGGAACUUACACUACGCAGUUUCCUGGAACAUGGUGUUUCUUGCCUAUCCAUGGAUCGAAGUCUAAAGCUGACUCCAAUCUGGUCCUGAUCUUCUCCGGUCUGGGCCUCACUGCACUCACUCUGUCCCUUCUGUGUAACAUACUGAGCUGUGUGGCAUUACUGAAAGCCAGAAUAAAGUCCUACACUGUUAAUGCAAAUCCAGCAGCUCAACGAACUCGACACUCAUCAUCCGCAUCCACUUCAUCUAUGUUUUGUUCGUUGGACUUGGAGAUGAUGGUGCAACUGGCAGUGAUCACAGUGGUUUCCUGUGUGUGCUGGAGCCCUUUUCUUGUGAGUUCCUCCUUUAUAAUGUGCAGAACUUAUUUCCAUUUCUCCUUUACUGGUCAGAUAAAAAUAUGAAACUCAUGACUAAUUUGUGCACUUAAUUUCAGAUCCACAUCUUUGUGACGCAGUUCAGCCAAAACCCCAAAGUCUCCAACAUGGAAAAGGACGGGUUUAUUCUUUUGGGCCUGCGCAUGGCCUCUUGGAAUCAGAUAUUGGACCCCUGGGUGUACAUCCUGCUGAGGAGGGCAGUGCUAUAUAGAGUGUGCUGUGCUUUUUCCACACAGAGACAUACAGUUACAGAAAAUAGCUCCUACGCAGAGGCACACAGACAGUCCUUCAAUCUGCAAUGAAACUGUUCUCCACUUUUAUCUUUUUAAGACUUAAGUAAAUAAAUUAUUUCUGUCAUGUUUGUUGAAAAAAACUAAUUACUUUGCAGUGUUGCUUUCAUCAGUACUCAAGAGUUGGCAAAGGCAGUAAUUGUGAAUGUGGGUUGCACACAGACUUUCACUACAUUUCACAACAUUUACUUAGUAGUCUAAGCCGGUGCUACUAUCAAUAGCAGCCACCUGCAAAUCUAGUGGUUGGGAAAUUGGGCGGGUUUUGUAUCGUCCAAUGAAAAUACAGAGAAAUUUGACAAGCACCGAUUUUGACGAAUGAGUGAGCUGCUUGCUAAAGCUCACACCAGAGGUGGGCGGUGCUUCUUCGGCAAUGAGUCUAUUCAAUAUGGAGUACAGAAAAUAGCUUGACCAGCUCCGUACUUUACCGUACUUGCUCAGAUUUCGGAUACUGUUACAUGUCGGGCGUAACAUACUAACUCACCCUCAUACAUGCUAAAGCUACAGGAGUCGCUAACAUGGAUCCCAUUUUCGUUUAAAUACCGGCGGUUUACCAGCCAACUCCAACUGCCGUGCUGACUAGCGGUUUAUUAUAAAACUGGUUUAACACCUAUGUACUGGUCUACUUCACAACGGUGCUCCGUUCAGCCCCUCGACGAUCCCAACAUCUGGAGAAAGAUUUAAACAACUUCACAAUUUCUGCAAAAAGUUACCGACAAGUUUUGCCAUCCGGCGGGGGUUAUCGGGUGAAAGGUGACAUCGCUUCAGUAAAUUGGCUCCUAGGUGAGUGAGGAGUUUGCAUUGCUUAGAUGUAGACUGCAUUAGUUUGACUUUAAGUGGUGUAUCUUCAUAUCUUCUAUGUGAGAGUGAGCUGUUGAACGUGUUGUUAAGGACUUUUUAAAACUAAUCCAUGACCCCAAAAGUUCCCAGUCUGUACCACUCUGUGCUACAGUAAUUCAACUUCCUGAGAAUCAAUCCAUUUAGAGUCUCACUGAUGCCAGAUCCCAACAUAAAGGCCCGUCUCUCUCCAUUUUCUCCAUGACAAGAAUGCACAAUGCGGCGAGUGUCUCAGCCUCUUUGGGAUCCAUGGGACUGCUGCGCCUCUUCGGGGUGUCCUGGUCCUGGAGUCUGGCAGCAGGCCUUGGGGUUUAUCUGGGCACCAAAAGCUGGAAAUACUUCUACAUUGCAGCACGCACCGCCAAGAGAGACCUCAAGUAAGAUGAAAAUGUCAUUACCUUGUUGUGUUUGUACCUGCAUACAUGGUUACCUACUUAAAGUCUCCUUGUCUCCCUCUGUUGACCUUCACCAGUGGCCUGUAUGUGCUGUUGAGGGUGAAGCUGGCUCUGUGGCGAUACAUGCGCACUGGAAGUAAUAUCCCAUCUAUAUUCGCCCAAACCGUCAAACUCCAUCCAAAUAAACCAGCGCUCAUUUAUGAGGCCACAGGAGAGACAUGGACCUUCACCCAACUUGACGAGAUCUCUAACGCUGUUGCCCAUUGGGCGAGAGAUCAGGGAUGGGUCCCGGGGGAUGUGAUUGCUCUCUUCAUGGAAAGCAGGCCUUUACAUGUGGCGCUUUGGCUGGGCUUGUCUAAGGUUGGGGUGGAGGCUGCGCUUAUCAACUUCAACCUCCGCCAUGAUUCCCUUCUGCACUGUGUUGGAGUGUCAGGGUCGAGGGCCAUCGUGUUUGGAGCUGAGCUUGCUGAUGGUAAGACUGUGUUGACCAGGGCAGGGAAAGUAAUACCUAAUAGAUUUUAAAAAAUCAGCUAAUCAAGGUGCACCGUGUGAAAUUUACCAUCUAAGGACUUUUCUUGCUUCGUAUUUAGCCCGCAGCUCAUCAAGAAUCCUGAAAUACCUGAUCUAACAUUUUGUCUGUAAUGUCAUGCAAAGUUGUUAACAUUUAAGGAUGGUAUCACACUUGAAUUUUUAUUUCACCUCUACAACACUGUGUAAUAUUAUUGUGUAUCCCCAAGUUACAUGGACAGAAUCACCUUGUGAUCACAGUGACAGUAAAACUGAUGGUUCCUGUGCUGUCAUCUCAAUUUAAGUUUGUUCAAAAUAAUCAUAGUUUCAGGCAGUAAAAUCCUAAAAAGUUAAGUGUCAUGCAAAAUUGUUCAUUGUUACAGCAUAUUAGUCGUGCAUUUUCUGUAUGUUUUUGUCGUCGCCUGACUUUUCUCCUCUCUUCUUGUGUCCUUGUUCCUCUCUCUGAACAUCAGCCAUGUUGGAGGUCAGUUCCUCCCUCAGUCAGUCUAUGGUACGGUUCUGUACAGGAGACCUCAGUGCAGAGCAACUUGUCCGUCUGUAUGCUCGACCUCUGGACCCAAUGUUAGCCUCUGCAUCCAGACAUCCCCCAUCACCUUGUGUUCCCCCAAAAGGCAUGAACGGUGAGUGCUUUCUCUAUCAACUUUGGUAACUAAACACUUGAUCUGUAAAUGAAUGAACAGUUUCUUCUUCUUGGACUCGUUCCUAAUAAUGUGUUUGACUGACAGCCUCAUUUGAAUACUAAUUCAAAUUCCAAGAUGCAUCGGUCAACCCUUUUUCUCUUUUUCACAGUCAGCUAUCCAUUAAAAAGAUGAAACUGUCUCCCUGUAUUACACAGGCAUGAUGGUGGUGAAAUACUUGCAGGGCUUUUGGAGUAUGAAUCAUCCUUAAUUUGAGAAAGACAUUGACAUUUUUCUCUAAACGGCUGUCUGAAGUCAGUAUUCAUGAGCUAGAGGUUGGAGCACUCUCUGGAUCUGGACCACUUCCAUGAGCGAAACUGCUUAAAAAAAUCAGGGAUUUGAGCCAGAGAAAUAACCAAGCCAAGAAACUAGGGGUCACUUAAUCAAUUGAAUCUUUAUCUAUUUAGCACCAAUUUAUAACAAAUAUAAUCCAUAUUAUCGAGGAAAAAACAAUGAAGCUGAGAGAAAACAAUGUAUUUUCUGUUCUGUCAUUGAUUGUGUUGUCAAAUCCUUGCAGUGGCUCGAACACUAUGAGGACAUUAGUAUUGAUCUAAAACUGCAAGUGUGUUAUUGUUGUUCUCUAUUCUCCUCUGCAGAUCGUCUAUUUUAUAUUUACACGUCUGGCACCACGGGGCUGCCCAAGGCUGCCAUUGUGGUUCACAGUCGGUAAGCUGCCCACAGUUACAGAGUUACAGUUUGUGAAAAGGUCUUGAUAGAUGUCUAAGAUACUCCUCUUUGCUUCUUCGACAGCUACUACAGAAUUGCUGCUUUUGGGUAUUUUGCGUUCGGUAUGCGCAAGAAUGACGUCAUCUAUGACUGUCUGCCUCUCUACCACUCAGCAGGUAUGUGAUGGCAGCCUUUAGAUCUUGAUGAAUACUUUUUUUUUUAGUUUAGAUUAGUGUAACUGAAGUGUGAGUCUCUGUUCUCGCCAGGUAACAUCAUGGGAGUGGGUCAGUGCCUGAUCCACGGCCUCACUGUGGUAGUGAAGAAGAAAUUCUCUGCCAGCCGCUUCUGGGAAGAUUGCAUUAAGCACAACUGCACUGUAAGAGCUUAUGCCUGGAAAAUUUUUGAAGUGCUGUCUUUUUUUUUCUUUUUCUUUUUUUUUUAAAUAAAAUCAAUAACUAUGAAAGAUUCAUUCUGAAAAUGCACUGCCAGAAUAACUUCCCUGUUUUCCCAUCAUAGGUGGUGCAGUAUAUCGGGGAAAUCUGCCGCUACCUCUUGUCUCAGCCAGUGAGGCCGUCGGAAAAAGGCCACAAAGUCCGACUUGCUGUGGGGAACGGGCUGCGGCCCAGUGUGUGGGAGGCCUUCACGGAGCGGUUUGGAGUGAAGCAGAUUGGCGAGUUCUACGGAGCGACUGAGUGUAACUGUAGCAUCGCCAACAUGGAUGGAAAGGUUAGUGGUCAUGGACUGAGUCUAAAAUCACGCAUGUCUCACUGCAUAAGGUAAAUACAGCAUUUUAUUAUGCUGUGCGAAAUAUGACAGGGAUUAUUAGUUAUUGUAAAGUGAGUUCAUUGUUUCCUACAAUGCAGUGUGAAAAAAAGUAGUGUUCAUUAGUCACUCAUAGAGCCAUAUAUCCCAUCAUACAUUGCAAUGAAAGGGACAGAUAAGAGGAGCACCGUCAGUCCUUUAUCAAUCAAUCAAUGAAUCUUUAUUUAUACUAGGGGUGGGAAUCACUAGUAGCCCCACGAUACGAUAUUAUCACAAUACUUGGGCCACGAUAUGAUAUUAUUGCGGUUUUUAACAUUUUGCAGUACAAUAUAUUGUGAUUUAUAUAAUUUUUUCAUCUGUUUAGCUAAUUUAGCAUUUGUCUUUCCUUUAUUUUUGUCUUAUUUACGUUGUAUGUUAUUUUCAUGUAACACAUCUUACAAACCUUAAAUAUAUAUAUUGUAUAUAUUUUUUGCACUUACUUUCUCCUGCUCUGUUUGAAAAAUCGAUACUUGGUAAAUAAGACGAUACGACAUAUCACCAGACAAAAUAUCGCGAUACUAUGAUGUAUCGAUCCCACCCCUAGUUUAUACAGCACCAAUUCACAGCAAGUGUUAUCCCAAGACGUUUAACAAGAAAGCCAGUCAAUACUCAGUCUUUAUCUGUUGAUAAUUCUAUGGAGUGUCUGGCUAAAUGACAAGUACUGUCCAAAUGUGUUUUUAUUACACUCACUGUACAGCCCACUACAUCUGCCUCACUGUAAAAGAAGUAGGCAGUAGGGGAUGAGUUGUGGUCUGAGCUGUGGCAUUCACAUUGUUCGUUGUGUCUUCACUGAUGAAAUAUGGAGUGGAUCACUGUUAAGCUAAAUCUGUCCUGCUAGGUUGGAGCCUGUGGAUUCAACAGUCGCAUUCUUCCCAAUGUGUACCCCAUCCGUCUGGUGAGGGUGGACGAAGACAGCAUGGAGCUGGUCCGUGACAGCCGGGGCCUGUGUAUACCUUGCCGUCCUGGUAACUUGAUACUUAGGCCAAAACAAUGAUUUUUGUCUCAUCAUUGAAGGUGAUUGAUUGUGCUGAUUUUCUGAAAGCAUUCUUUUAGACUGCGCCGUGUCUUGCAGGUGAGCCGGGGCUUCUUGUGGGUCGUAUCAACCAGCAGGACCCCUUGAGGCGUUUUGAUGGCUAUGCUAACCAGGAUGCAACCAGAAAGAAGAUCGCUCAUGAUGUCUUCAAGAAAAAUGACUCUGCGUACAUAUCAGGUUACAAAUGUAUUUUAUUUAAGUGUAUAUUUAUGUUGUUUUUACUGCCUCAUAACAGUACAAGUAAUAAGUCGAAAGAGUGUUUGAAAUAUAGGCUUUUUUUCUUCUAAUCCCUAAGAUUUAAAGCUUGUAGAGUAAUUUUUCUUCCUGUGCUUUGUAGUGGGUAUUAUAGUUUGUUUGUUUAGCCAAGCUUUGACUGAAUGAAGUUUUUUCACGCAAGGUUGUCAAGUAUUUUUGCUGUGUCUACACCAGGUGACGUGCUGGUGAUGGAUGACCUGGGCUAUAUGUACUUUCGUGACCGUGGCGGAGACACAUUCCGCUGGAGGGGAGAAAAUGUCUCCACAACCGAGGUUGAGGGAGUACUCAGCAGUCUUCUGGGUCAGACUGAUGUGGCCGUGUAUGGAGUGGGAGUGCCAGGUGAUUAGUUUUGUGUACUUACCGAUUUGAGUGUAACAUAUUUUUCCCCGUUUGAUGCUUUUGAGUGUAUGUGCUACUUGACAAGCAUUUGUCUCUGUUCGGCGUCUCAGGUGUGGAGGGUAAGGCAGGUAUGGCCGCCAUCGCUGACACUACAGGGACUUUUGAUUCCAAUGAUUUCCUGCAGAAAGUCCAGCGGGCUCUCCCUACAUACGCUCGCCCAGUGUUUCUGCGAAUCUCACCACAUGUUGACACCACAGGUAAACAGCUGGAAUAUCUCCCACUGAUUUCAUGAAGAUGUCGGACUUUACCUGAAUGAGUAUCCACUCUCUGAUUUUAUGUUCAUCCACACACUGUAGGUACAUUCAAAAUCCAGAAAACCAGGCUUCAGAGGGAGGGAUACGACCCACGUCUCACAGCUGACCAGAUCUUCUUCUUGAACAAUCGAGCUGCACGUUAUGAGGUUGUGGAUGAGGAGCUAUACAGCGCUCUAGCAGAGGGCAGAAUGUCUCUAUGA